GUUAGGACAAGGCCCAUCAGAAUGGGUGUGUGCGGCUGCUGUGGCGCCCUGCGCCCCAGGUACAAAAGGCUGGUUGACAACAUCUUCCCUGAGGAUCCCGAGGACGGCCUGGUGAAGACCAACAUGGAGAAGUUGACCUUCUACGCCCUCUCGGCUCCAGAAAAGCUAGACCGGAUCGGCGCCUACCUCUCCGAGAGGCUCAUCCGGGAUGUGGGUCGUCAUCGAUACGGGUACGUGUGCAUCGCCAUGGAGGCGCUGGACCAGCUGCUCAUGGCCUGCCACUGCCAGAGCAUCAACCUUUUCGUGGAGAGUUUCCUCAAGAUGGUGGCCAAGCUGCUGGAGUCAGAGAAGCCCAACCUGCAGAUCCUGGGCACCAACUCGUUUGUGAAGUUUGCCAACAUCGAGGAGGACACCCCGUCCUACCAUCGGAGCUACGACUUCUUUGUGUCUCGCUUCAGUGAAAUGUGCCACUCCAGCCACGAUGACCUGGAAAUCAAGACCAAGAUCCGAAUGUCGGGCAUCAAAGGGCUGCAAGGGGUGGUGAGGAAGACGGUGAAUGAUGAGCUGCAGGCCAAUAUCUGGGACCCACAGCACAUGGACAAGAUUGUCCCAUCGCUGCUCUUCAACUUGCAGCACGUCGAAGAGGCCGAGAGCCGGUCCCCCUCGCCGCUCCAAGCGCCGGAGAAGGAGAAGGAGAACCCGGCGGAGCUGGCCGAGAGGUGCCUUCGGGAACUGCUGGGCCGGGCUGCCUUUGGCAACAUCAAAAACGCUAUCAAGCCUGUUCUCAUCCACCUGGAUAACCAUUCUCUGUGGGAACCCAAGGUGUUCGCCAUCCGUUGCUUUAAAAUCAUCAUGUAUUCAAUUCAGCCGCAGCACUCCCACCUGGUUAUCCAGCAGCUCCUGGGCCACCUGGACGCCAACAGCCGCAGUGCGGCCACCGUGCGCGCGGGCAUCGUGGAGGUGCUGUCGGAGGCCGCUGUCAUCGCCGCCACCGGUUCUGUGGGGCCCACGGUGCUGGAGAUGUUCAACACGCUGCUGCGGCAGCUGCGGCUCAGCAUCGACUACGCCCUGACCGGGAGCUACGACGGGAGCUAUGACGGGAGCUAUGACGGGGCGGGCGUCAGCCUGGGCACCAAGAUCAUCAAGGAGCACGAAGAGCGCAUGUUCCAGGAGGCCGUCAUCAAGACCAUAGGCUCCUUUGCCAGCACGUUGCCCACGUAUCAGCGCUCGGAGGUGAUCCUCUUCAUCAUGAGCAAGGUCCCUCUGCCCUCUCUGCAUCACCCCGUGGAGACGGGGAGGACCGGGGAGAACAGGAACCGGCUGACCCAGAUUAUGCUGCUGAAAUCCCUCCUUCAGUGCUCCCGACAGGACACCGUCUUCAUGAAGAAGCACUCCCAGCAGCUCUACAGACACAUCUACCUGUGCUGUAAGGAGGAAACGAACACACAGAAGCACUACGAGGCACUCUACGGCUUGCUGGCGCUCAUCAGCAUCGAGCUGGCCAACGAGGAGGUGGUGGUAGACCUCAUCCGCCUGGUGCUGGCUAUUCAGGACUUGGCCCAGGUCAAUGAAGAGAACUUGCCUAUAUACAACCGCUGUGCCCUCUACGCGCUGGGCGCGGCCUACCUGAACCUCAUCAGCCAGCUCACGACAGUGCCAGCCUUCUGCCAGCACAUCCAUGAGGUGAUAGAGACCAGGAAGAAAGAGGCCCCGUACAUGCUCCCUGAGACGUGUUGUGGAGAGCCAGGUGAGGGCGCACCUGGUACAUGGCUGUCUCAGGAUCUUGAUGGCGUGGUGAUUGAGUUCCUCUUCCGCCAGAGCAAGAUCAGUGAAGUCCUGGGGGGCAGUGGCUACAACUCAGACAGGCUCUCCCUGCCCUACAUCCCUCAGCUGACAGAUGAGGAUCGCUUGUCCAAGAGGAAGAGCAUUGGAGAAACCAUUUCCCUGCAGGUGGAGGUGGAAUCUAGGAACAGCCCUGAGAGGGAGGAGCGAGUACCAGCAGAGGAGAUCACCUAUGAGACGCUAAAGAAGGCCAUUGUGGACAGUGUGGCGGUGGAGGAGCAGGAGCGCGAACGGCGGCGGCAGGUGGUGGAGAAGUUCCAGAAGGCGCCCUUCGAGGAGAUCGCGGCUCACUGCGGGGCCCGGGCGUCACUGCUGCAGAGCAAACUCAAUCAGAUCUUUGAAAUCACCAUCCGGCCCCCGCCCAGCCCAUCGGGAACCAUCACCGCAGCCUACGGCCAGCCUCAGAACCACUCCAUCCCCGUCUACGAGAUGAAGUUUCCAGACCUGUGUGUAUACUGAAUUCCAAGAGGUGGAGCUGCUGGGAGGGGUGGGCCUGAGGGAGGGGCUCACCCUCACACCCCACCCCUACUACGUGCAAGUCUAACAGGGAUCUCAGAAAAGGUCACCUACCCCCCUAAACAAGGUAGAGCCCCAGACCCUCCCACUUCCCCUGUGUCUCCCCUGAGGGGUUGGCUACCUGCCCCUCUAGGACCAAUAAGCCUAUCAACUGUUCCCUUUAGUCUCCUUUGUGUCAGCGAGGGGCCAAGAAUGGGGGGGUCUGAGGUCCUGCAGCUCCUGCAGCUCCUGCGUGGUGUGGUGGUGCAGCAAGUGAAAGGCUUUUAUGGUGGGGGUGGGAGGGGGCACAGCUGCCAUCCCCUGAGGCAGGGACUGGAUGGAGACACCUGUUGGUCCAAGGACGCUGUAGACAGCAAUCUAGAGAAAGCCAGGGGAGAGCUGGAAGCUGGGGGGCCGUUCUCCUCAGAGCACCCCCGCUCCGUCCCGAGGCCCCCAGGUCUCCUGCAUCUCUUCCACUCCCCCUCUCGCCCUGCCAGCUGCUCUUAGUGAUUCUUUCUAUUAUUAAUGGAUGUUGAGCCUUUAUAACAGGAGCUGGGGAGAGACACAUGGGAGGGGGGCAGCAAAGGAUGACAUGAAGGGCAGGUGGCUGCUGGUGGAGGGGCCUGCCUCUCUCUCCCCACCCAGGCGGAGCAGGCAGAAGUGGGCACGUCCCUAUUCUCACCUCCUUGGUUCUCUCCCUUCUGGAUGUUUCUCCAAGUUGAGCUCUCUCUCUUUAACACCUUUCUUCCUGUGGAGCCCCAUGUGUUUCUACAGCCUCUGGGUUGAGGGAGGGCAGGACCAGAUAAUCUGGUUCUAGGUGACUUGAGAGAGGAGCAACUGCAGGGCCAGGCCUGCCCACAGCACCUCCUGGGGAAGAGGUUCCUG